AUGGAUCCUGUCACAGCUGUAGGGCUUCUGGCCUCAAUCAUCCAGAUAGCGGGGCUGGUCAAAGGCGUCGGCACCCGAGUCGUCAGCUUCACCAAGCAAACCAGCGACGCGCUCGGUUACCUGCAAGCUUUUGAGAACCAUGCCAACACAAUCAUGCUUGCAUCCGAAACCAUCAAGGAGCACAUCGAACAAUCCUCACAAGAGUUUGAGCGGAUUAAACCCCUCGUAUCACAGCUGUUGCCUACGGUCCUGUCGCACUGUCGAUCCGUGCACGAGAUACUGAGCAAAUACAUGCCUGGUGAUGGAGACUCGACAUUCAAGAGUGUAGCGCUCGCUUUUCGAAGCUUCGCAAAGGACCACAGGCUCCGGGAUCUGAUGACCAGCAUGAACGCUGAUGCCACGCAGCUGUCCAUGGUGCUGAGCUGUCUCGGUCUAAAGCGGAACAACAAGACCGAGGUGUCCGCCUCGUGGUCCCACUUACAUGGGAGGACCAUCUGGACGGUACCAAACAGGCUCGUCAGUCACUUCGUCGGCCAGGAGGACUUGCUAUCUCGCAUCGCGAAGGCCCUUCAACCUGAUGAGAAGGCGGAACCUAUCCAGAGAAUAGCUGUGUUACAAGGAAUGGGGGGACAGGGCAAGACACAGCUCGCGUUACGCUACUGUGGACUUGCAAAGGCAGCCACCCGGUACUCCGGAACAUUUUGGAUCGAUUCAUCCAACGAAACAUCAACUAGACAGAGCUUCGAGGCACUGGCAGACGUUCUCAAGUCUGAAGAGCAAAGUUUCCAGGAUGCAGAUGGCCGCAUCAACUAUGUCAAGUGCCUGCUUGCCGAAUGGCCAGAGCAAUGGUUGAUGGUCUUUGACAACUACGACAACCCCAUGGAUUUCAAGAAUCUCAGGGAUUAUAUGCCCACUGGGAAUAGUGGAAGUAUUCUUGUCACAUCGCGUAGCGCGCACACACGGCGUUUCACCUCAGACGAUACUCAGUUCCUUGAGGUGGACGGCAUGGCAGAAGACGACGCCGUGAACCUCCUCUACAAGUCCAGUCGCGUUACUCGGGAUGAUACCAAUAUCGAGUACGCAAAAGACAUUGCACGACGACUGGGCUAUCUCCCCCUGGCAAUUGACCAGGCUGGCGCAUAUCUGCUUGCCUCUGAUAAUUCCAUCACCUUUCAGCAUUUCUUAUCUCAUUACGAGGCUAACCAGCGGGAAAUUCUCGAGUCCACGCCUGCGGUCUGGGACUAUCUUCACACAGGAACACUGCCAGGUCAAGAAGAGACGACCAAGUCCGUCUUCACUACCUGGGAGCUUUCAAUGCGUCUUCUUCAGGAGCAGCCUCAUAUCGGGCCGGCAAAGUCGCAGAUGCUCACUCUAUUGGCUUAUUUUGACGAGGCGGAUAUCUCAGAGGAGCUAUUCUCUAGCUACCACAAUGGCGUGGUCCAUCAUGGUGGUAUACCUGACUGGUUAUCCAUAUUUCACGAGCGAGGAUCCUGGUCGUCAGUUCAAUUUGGGAAGGUUAUGAGUGAAAUGAAGGCGCUGUCACUUGUCUACUCAACGACCCCACCCACCAAGUCCAGCGAUGAAUUCUGGCAUGUGUCUCUACAUCCUUUAGUGAGAGACUGGGCACUCCUACGGCAAUGUGAAGAGACAGUGGCGAUCAAUUCAGCGACGUCAUCAGCCAUUCUCGCAGCUACCUUCCUGGGACACUGGGGAACCGCAGACGAUAGCAACAUAUUCUGGGACGAAGUCAACGAUCCAAAUAUGGAAUGUGGCUGGUUUUCCUCAACCGCGACCCUGAGCUUGCCGUUCAAAGCCCACGCUAGGGCUUGGGAAGAGAGACUCGCGGCCGCUGAAAUGACCCAUCUUGGCCUUUUCGAGAGACGAGACCCCUGUGAGAAUGUCGCUUCAGAGAUCGUGUUGCUGAAGUUCCAGAGGGAGUCCUUUUCUGUCUAUGGCAUGUAUCCAAGCAUAUGCGAGCGACUCUGGAGGUAUUGCGCCACCCAUGAUAAGGUAUUGCACUGGAUAAAGUACCAGCUCGGACUCUUCUGGAUUGAUUGCCUAGUGGGCAGGGGCCUUUCGGAGGAAUCGAUUGACUUCUGCAGAGAAUUUGUCGAGCUAUGGCGUGGGAGACAGAGCGCUACCGCGCGCAAGAUUAAUUACGAAGCAUGCGCAACCCUUCGGUUGGCCGAAAGACUACUGAUGCUAAAGACAAUCAGGUCGGUUAGCGAGGCCGAGACUCUAUUAGAGCAACUGGAGAAGGACCAUGGAUUGUUGGACCCCAGGACCAGUUACUUAGCACGUGCGAUCCUACUGAUGCUUUCAGAGCUACUGAUAUAUCGCGGGCAUCAGGAGUGUUUUGCCAAGGCGGCAUCCCUCCGUGCGAUCUUUGCGGGAAUAGGCAAGGACGGAUGGACUACGGAGGACCGUCGACGGCGCUUGUCGAUGAGCCAAUGGCUCCAGGUGCUGAGGCUUGAUGAUUUCGACAAUCAAAUCCAGCUGCAAAAUGAAUGGGUUGCCAUGGCGCAAGAGCGGUAUGGGGGGGCAGAUUUGAGGACAAGGCGAGCGUGGAUGGGUCUGGCCAAAGCUUUAUAUACCUGGGGCAACACGGAAGCGUUCGUGGAUAUACACCAGCGUCUUUUGUCAGAGAUACGGCACACUUAUCCACUCAACAAAAAGGUCCUCAGUUGGUGUCUAUUAGAGCUUGGUGAGGGUAUGUGCGAUCUAGAGAGGCAUGGUGAGGGCCAGAAAUAUCUCCUUGAGUCCAUUGAGGUCACAGCACAGGUGGUCGAUGGCUUCCAAGCACCCGUCUGCCUUGAUGCCUUGGCUUGUUUAUCGAUAUGCCACCUUGAAUGCGGCCAACUUGAUCAGGCUCGGUCCCUCUGGGAUUUCAUGUGCAAAGCGGGACAGGGACUUCUGGGUUUCCAUGGCGGACUCCCGCAAUUUGCCGAUAGGGCAAUUAGGUUGUCUCUCGUUGAGGAAACGCGACCGGUUGCUGCUCGCAUAAUGGAUGCGGGAAUUUACAUUUUCAUCGAGAUGACGCGGCACAGGCAAAGUCGGGCUCAAUUCAACCCCGAGGAGGACGGAUCUCACAUAUUUGAGGGCUAUGAUGUGUUUGUCUUUGAUGAUGCGGUUCUCAUCUGGGACGAAGUUGGACAGUGGUCAGGUUGCGAACUCCUUCUCUCACGUCUCAUCCUCAUUGCACAAUUAGGGAGCUUUGCACCAUAUGCGGAUCUACUGGAUAGUGCGCUAUCGGAGUUUGCGAGAAAGAAGACGACGCUUGUACAAAGCUUAGCGCGGGAAAUCAUUCGAUACGUUUCAACCUUGGCAACAUGGAUUAGAGACGAUGCUGCCCUCCGGGGGAGGUACAGUACUUGGGCUUGCGAGACAGCCCGAGAAAUGUUUGGAGAAGAUGAUGAUCUUACAAAACGCUGUGUCGAGACUUUGGAGAACAUCAAGACCUGGAGGACAAAGACGCCCUCAUGGAUCGAGAAGCUAUCUCUACGCCACUUUCGCAAACGAUUGCGGAAUGGGGAGAAUUAA